AUGGUAAACAAAGCAACCCCCACGCUGAUUGGCUUGAUUGCUGCCGCUUCAGCAGUGACGGCGCUCAAGCUUAAUCCAACCAAGCCAAUCGAGUCGGACACGACUUCGUUCUUCGGAGGUAGAGAUGCCUCUAUCCUCCAGCACCCAGCUGACUGGAGUCGCGAUAUUCAACCCAUUGGCGUCCAUUCGCACAAUGAUUAUUGGAGAGAUACGCCUGUGUUGGAUGCGCUAGCGCACGGCGUGAGAUCCAUCGAGUCGGACGUGUGGCUGAUGAACGGAGAGCUUUACGUGGGGCACGAUCCUUACUCGCUCUCACCCGAAAGGACGUUCGAGAGCCUCACCUUGGCCCCGCUCAGAAAAGCAAUCGACCAGGCCAACGAUGCCAAUGCUUUGCUUUCCAGCAAGUCUGAAGCUGCGUUCUUCAAACCUCUGCAGGAUCAACUGCGAACCAGCACUACGCUGCCUUGGAAUGGCUUCUACACUGCUGGUGUCGGAAAUGCUGCUCCUAUACAGCUACUUGUGGACCUCAAGACGGAAGGUCGGAAGACCCUCGAGGCUACCAUCAAAGCGCUGCAUCCGCUGGAGCAGAAAGGCUACCUGACGACAUACAAGGAUGGCAAGAUCACAAAGGGGCCCAUCGUUGUUAUUGGCACAGGCAACACCCCGACAGAUGCGCUCGCUGCGCUGCAAAGUCGAAACAUCUUUGUCGACUGUCCGCUCGGCAAGCUGAGCGAAGAUUUCCAAAUUGAGGGUCAAGCGUAUGCCUACAACAGCACGCUAGUGAGUGGCAUCGCGAGCGCAAGGCGCGCCUUUGUUCGAAUCGAGCUCAAUCCUCUGCGCCCUGGCUGGCCUUUACAGUGCGGAAUUGCCAGUACAAGCCUUGGCUCGCUCGCUCCCGGCUACAAGGGUCUGAUGGAUCCCAGCGCGGAUGUUGUCUCAAACCUCACAAAGGCGAUCGACGAUGCUCACUUGAGAGGCAUUGCGACGAGGGUCUGGGAUACGCGUGAGUCUUACGCGCCUGAUAUCUGCCAUGGCGUGGAUGCUAGAGCUGACGCCCAUGCACCUCCCCACUGCACUCGCAGCGGUGUGGCCUAGCUUUGUGAGGGACAGAGUCAACGGGCUCUUGCUGAGUCUGGGCUCAGAUUGGAUCAACGCCGAUGACUUGGGUGAGCAGUCAGAUCAAGCCAUGUCGCGAACCUUUUGCACCGCUUAUUUGGCGUAUGCUUGAUUGAUUGCCUUGCAGAUGCCAUCCAAAAGUGGUGA